AUGAGUAAUCAUUUGAGUGUAGGUGUUACUCCUGGGGCUGUUCCAGUAAACCACAACACAACGGCAAAAGUGUUUGAUAGGAGGAUCAGGAUAACUGAGUUGGUGCUUAGGUGUGUGACCCUAGGUUUAGGAGUUCUUGCAGCUGUUCUCGUUGGAACUGAUUCCCAAGUCAAAGUGUUUUUCUCAAUUCAGAAGACAGCCAAAUUUACUGACAUGAAGGCUUUAGUGUUCCUGGUAGUUGCAAAUGGGUUAGCUGCUGGCUACUCCUUACUCCAAGGGCUGCGCUGUAUCAUUGGUGUGGUCAGAGGAAGAGUACUCUUAAGUAAGCCCCUAGCUUGGGCCAUUUUUUCUGGUGAUCAGGUAAUGGCAUAUAUAACAGUGGGAGCAGUGGCGACUGCAGCACAAUCGGGUAUGUUAGCAAAGGUGGGCCAGCCAGAACUGCAAUGGAUGGAGUUAUGCAACAUGUAUGGAAAAUUCUGCAACCAAGUGGGAGAAGGGAUAGCUAGUGCUUUUGUUGUUAGCCUUAGUACGGUGGUCCUGUCUUGUAUUUCUGCUUUCAGUCUCUUCCGCUUGUAUGGUGGUUACAAAAUCAAAAAUGUACAUUGUUGGUAUCGGACCGGUCUCGGUUAUCUCCGGAGCCACCGUCUGUCGUUGUUUGCUGUCGUUCACCGUCAUCCAUCGUCACAAUUUUGUUCGGUGGCCACUGGGAUCGCCUCUUUGAACGAUAGCCACCCCUACCGGUCUUGGAAGCUAGUUUCAUCCCCCACGCACCAUCAUGCGCCUAGUCAAAAUUGGCACAUUUGGGCGCAUGUCACCCACGCACUGUCUUCUCCGCGUCUAAACGUUGUCGCGCCACCUCUGUGGGUAUCGCCGAAGCUUUCUCUUCUUGUUCUAACCCUCAAAACUCUUUUUUGGCGAAGUCUAAAAGUCAACCUAGCGAAGGUCACCUUAGGAGUCUCUCGGCCCUAG